ACCCUCCUCGCCACCGCCAGACAAGUCUCCGGUAAACAAGAACAACACACCGCCGCCGACGACGCAGACGAGAGCUUCAUCCUCAGACCCAUGAACCGCAACCUUCUGGGUCUAAAAAAGGAAAAGCUCAGCCACUUCCGUCUCUACUGGCACGACAUUCUCAGCACCCGAAACCCAACAUCCGUAACCGUCGUUCCUCCCGUCAACACCUCUUCGUCGUCUUCUCCGUACACGGCUUUCGGCCAAGUGAACAUGAUCGACAACCCGCUGACGUUGGGUCCGGAUCUGAGGUCUAAAAUGGUGGGUCGGGCUCAAGGGUUUUACGCGUUGGCGUCGAAAGAGGAGAUAGGUCUGUUAAUGGCGAUGAACUUUGCUUUCACGGAAGGGAAAUAUAACGGGAGCUCCAUUACUGUGAUGGGGAGAAAUCCAGUGUUUUCCAAAGUUAGGGAGAUGCCGAUUGUAGGAGGAAGCGGACUGUUUAGGUUUGCUCGGGGUUAUGUUCAGGCUAAAACGCAGCGUUUUGAUCCUACAAAUGGGGAUGCUACUGUGGAAUAUAAUGUUUACGUUUUGCAUUAUUAAGUAAUUAGAAGUUUGCUUUUUGCUUCUCUUAGUA